AUGCCUCGUGUUACCCAUUUCGACACGGACGUUGGCCGUCUCCCCAAUGGGAUGCAAAGGAUUUCUUACGACGACAGAACCAAUAUGUAUACUUUCCGUGCGGCGGAUGGGACCCUUUGGGAGAACGUUCCAGCACACCCCCACAUCAUCGUGCCGCCGACGCGUUUACACGGGGGAUACCCACACGUGCAGCAACGACUAGACGUCCCGCUGGCCCUUCCGCAGAAGCAAGACCUCGAUCAGCAACGACUGGUACACGUUCCGCUGCUCCUCGCCAAGAGCAUCAAUCGGCCGCACCCCGCCAAGAACGUCGGUCGACUGCUCCUGCUCGACAACCUGGUGCUCUUCAGAGAACUGCUACAGCAUGCCUGA